GACUUCUUUCAGAAAAAGAGCUGCUCAUCAUUCAAGCAUGAAAGACAGUAGCCUGCACAGAUUCCAAAAGAGAGAACUGCCAAUCUGACAUUUGGGUUCCCUCUGAAGAACAAAUUGCCUCUGUGGAGCCAGCCUAGGGGUGUGUAAAGAAUCUGAAAGUGGGGUGAAAAGUCAGGGAAUUUUCACAAUUCAUCCCCCUGGAUUCUGGUUACUUAGCCCUGUGCUGUCAGCAACUCACUAUGAUGUGAAUUGAGCCAGCUGAUGGACUUCCGUCUCUAAAGCAGGGCGUAUUUUGCACUUUUUUAAAAACACUCAGGAACUUGCACAAUUGGAGCAGUUUGUGUAACAUGAUAAUUACAUAAUUAGUGCAUUGUGAAUGUUAUACACAAAUUGGAACCUGAAAAGAACAGGGAUCUGGCAUAAUUUUAUGUAGAUUUGCUAAAUUCACUUGCUUUUUGGGGAUUGAUUUGCAGAAAUCUUGCAAAAUAUGAUUUACACAAUUUGCACAAAGUUACACAAAUAGCAAAAAUAGUGUUAUUUGUGAAAAUUUCCCAUGUGGUUAAAAAUCACAAGCUAUGGUCUCCAACUUGGAGACCUUACACAGUCCAUUUCAAGCCAUCAGGUCAGAAGCAAGUAGUUGGAGCAGGUCCCUUCCCAGCAGAUCAAAGUGAAAGGCUUUUAACUACAGUCCAUUGCUGAGUUUGGCUGGCCAACUGGAGCUGAUUAUGUAAUACAGGUGCCUUUGAGAAUGAUGGAAAGUGUGGAGAGCCGAGACAUGUUUCAGCUGCAUAUUGUCUGCAAAGAUUCCAAGAUAGUCAGGUGCCAUUUCUCUACUUUCAAGCAAUGCCAGGACUGGCUGAAAAGGCUGAGCCGUGCCAUCGCUCGCCCCACCAAGCCAGAGGACUUGUUUGCAUUCGCGUACCAUGCCUGGUGCCUGGGGGUUUGCGCUGACGAAGAGGAUCAGCACGCUCACCUCUGCCGCCCAGGAGACCAUGUGAAAUACCGGUUUGAGAUGGAGCUGGCCCGGAUGGGCUUCGACCUGCAGAACGUAUGGAGGGUUUCUGACAUCAACAAGAAAUACAAGUUGUGUACCAGCUACCCACAGAAACUUUUGGUUCCUGUCUGGAUCACUGACAAAGAGCUGGAGAACGUGGCUUCUUUUCGGUCUUGGAAGAGGGUUCCAGUGGUUGUAUACAGACACCAACGCAAUGGGGCCGUGAUUGCACGAUGCAGCCAGCCCGAGAUCAGCUGGUGGGGCUGGCGCAAUGCAGAUGACGAGUACCUGGUAACCUCCAUAGCCAAAGCCUGUGCCUUGAACCCUGGACAAAGGCUGGCCGGGGGGACCCCUCAUUCUGGGCUCAGUGACGGGAACGAGGCCUGUGAUGCAGGAUUUGAUUCUUCCCUGACAGCGUGCUCAAGUGUGGAGAGGUCUGCAACGCCUCAGAAGCUGCUCAUCCUGGAUGCCCGCUCUUACACUGCAGCAGUUGCCAACAGGGCCAAAGGAGGAGGCUGCGAGUGCGAAGAGUAUUACUCAAACUGUGAAGUCGUGUUCAUGGGCAUGGCCAACAUCCAUUCCAUCCGGAACAGCUUUCAGUACUUGCGGGCAGUUUGCAGCCAGAUGCCUGACCCCAGCAACUGGCUGUCUGCUCUGGAGAGCACCAAGUGGCUGCAGCACCUCUCCAUCAUGCUGAAGGCAGCUGUGCUGGUCUCCACCGCCGUUGGCCGGGAAGGGCGCCCCGUGCUGGUUCACUGCUCCGACGGCUGGGACCGGACCCCGCAGAUCGUCGCCCUGGCCAAGAUCCUUCUGGACCCCUACUACAGGACAAUGGAGGGUUUCCAGGUGCUGGUUGAAUCUGACUGGUUGGACUUUGGCCAUAAGUUUGGGGACCGCUGUGGACAUCAGGAGAAAGCUGAGGAUCAGACUGAGCAGUGCCCCGUGUUUCUGCAGUGGCUUGAUUCCGUCCACCAGCUGCAGAAGCAGUUCCCUUGCCUUUUUGAAUUCAACGAAGCUUUCUUGGUGAAGUUGGUGCAACACACCUACUCCUGCCUUUACGGGACCUUCCUCGGUAACAGCCCCUGUGAGCGGGAGACACACAACAUUGCCAAGCGCACUUGCUCGGUCUGGUCCCUGCUGAGAGCUGGCAACAAGAAUUUCCACAAUCUGCUCUAUGUGCCAGGGAACGAGCAGGUGCUUCAUCCAGUGUGCCACGUGCGGGCGCUGCACCUCUGGACAGCUGUGUAUCUGCCAGCAUCGUCCCCAUGCCCUCUGGGAGAAGAGGGCAUGCACCUGUACUUGCCUUCUGGAUUGCAAAGCCAGGAGUUUGGCAGCACAUCUCUUGACAGGUUACCAAAGACAAGAUCCAUGGAUGACCUUCUCUCGGCUUGUGAUCCUGGCAGCCUGCUGAUUCGCACAUCGAGUGAUCCAAAUCUGAACAACCACUGCCAGGAUGUCCGGGUGGGCUUGGAACCCAGGCACCCCAGUGCUGAGGAGUCGGUGCUGGGCAAAGACAGCACAGCAGAGGAGCCACCGCCGGGGUGGGAGUGGCGGCAGCAGCAAGAACACCACCCCCUGCAAGUUGACGGGGGCGGCGGUGGCAGCUCUGACGGUCACGGGGCUGAUCAGCCACAGGCACUCCAAGGCCGCAGCCUGUCUCAGCAAUUCAGUGGCCCAUCUCCUGAGUCCGGAGUGCUAAGCAAAGCAAAUCCAGGAGCAGCGGAAGACUCCUGCCCAGCUGCAGAUGCUUCUGGGCAAAAGAAGCCCUCCAGGGAUUCGACACAAACAGAAGAGCCAUUUGAAAAACCUCCCUGCAGUUUUGUGAAAGAGGUUGGUCCAGAAUCCAGUGGCGUCUGGGACCUUGUAGAACCGUGCCACCCAGAGACCCUCCUCCAGCCGCCAGCGGUUGCCCCCAGUUGGAACCCAUCUGCUCCCGGUGCCCCGAAGCAGGACCCUGCAGGGUGCCGAGGUGAAGAGGUGGAUGGCCGAAAAGGCAGCAUCAGGUGUGGAGAGGAGGAAGCCAGCCGGGCAGGGAAGGCGCCGCCAGAGUGGUGGCGAAAGGGAAUUUCUCAAAGCCAGAUGAGUGAGUUCUCUCUUCUAGGAACAAACUGGGACAGUUUCCAGGGGCUGGGGGCUUCGCUUCCUGGGAGUGACGUGGGUCCCCAGCGGCUGCUCUCCUACGGCUGUUGCAACAAGCGGUGGAGCAGCCGGCACUUGUGGGCUGCAGGACUGUGCCUCAGUGGCCAGUGGCCUCUGAAGGAAGCGGUGAAGACUCCCAGCUGCUCUAGCAACCCUGGCACUCGCUGCGCCAGCCUUGCUGGGAAGCCCAGCCGGCUGCGCCCCCCCUGCCAUUUGAAGCAGACCCUCGGCUCCAGGCUUGUGCCCCCAAGCAGCCCUUCGCCAGUGCCUCCUCUGUACCUAGACGACGACGGGCUCCCCUUCCCCACAGACGUCAUCCAGCACAGGCUGCGGCAGAUUGAAGCCACCUACAAGCAGGAGGUCGAGCAGUUGCGCAGGCAGGUGCGGGAGCUGCAGCUGAGGCUCGACGCCCGUCAUUGCUACGCCCCUCCCGCUGAGCCACAGGUGGACUACGAAGACGACUUUACUUGCCUCAAGGAAUCGGAUGGCAGUGAAAAUGAGGAUUUCUACUCUGAUCACAGUGAAGAGUGCCUAUCCGAAGCCAGCUGGGAGCCAGUUGAUAAAAGGGAAACGGAGGUCACGCGCUGGGUUCCAGACCACAUGGCCUCACACUGCUUUAACUGUGACUGUGAGUUCUGGCUAGCCAAACGUAGGCAUCACUGCAGGAAUUGUGGGAACGUGUUCUGCGCUGGCUGUUGCCACCUGAAGCUGCCUAUUCCUGACCAGCAGCUCUAUGACCCAGUCCUCGUCUGUAACUCCUGCUACGACCACAUCCAGAUGUCCCGUGCCAGGGAACUUUUGAGCCAGCAUCUGAAGAAGCCCAUUGCCACAGCUUCCAGUUGAAUGCCAGCAGAGGGAACCUGUCAGAGCUUGGCCUUUUUUCACCUUGCGGACUGGAAGGACAGGGCUGCGUCUGAGGAGGUUGGUAGCACAGCACUUGAUCACCAAGCCUUGUAUGCACUGUCGGCGAUUCCCCUCCCACUUGGUGCCCUGUGUAUUGGAGAUGAGGAAAUUGGAUUAAAGAGUGUGAUACGGCCCACUUUACGGUACUGUUUCUGGUCUGAAGAGCCGAGGCUAAGCUGGAGACCACUGUGUCUUUCUUCAGAGAGUUGGCGAGCGAUGGAGCACAGGUAAUUGCGCUGUUCCAAGAAGCAGCAGACAGGCAUGAUCAGAAUCAGAUCCUUUCUUCCCCUACCUCACUAAGGCAGACAGGCAGGCAGAAUUGUGCAAGAGAGAAGAAUACAGGCCCAGCGCUUGCUCUGGCUGUGGUAGACACGCUUCAGUUGUGUUCAGCUUGCCAGCCACUUCCCAGGAUGGCUCAAGACCAGCUGUGGCGCCAGAAGCAGGAGUGGGGGGUCCCUUGUCAAGCGGAGGCUGCGUCUGCACCUGCCCCACGUCCCUUCAGGGAACGGACACUCAGUCCUGGCAGCUGGGCUCGUGUGCGUGGAAAGCAGAGUUCAGUUUGGCUUGCUGCACUUCCUGCCCACUGUGGGUUCCGGGCAGCUGGUUCCCAGCCGGUGUCCUCAUAGAACAGACCCCUUGAGCCUCCUUGGAUCCAUGCCACAGUGUGUGUUCCCUUCCCUCAUGCUGCACUCGUGCUUCCCUAUUUCUAGUCGCUCUUUAUCCUGAAAACCUUGUGCCUGGAAGGCAGGCUGGGUGGGUUUUCUUUACCUCCUGGAAUGUGCUGUUUAGUGUGCUUGAGGGUUUCAGUCCAAAAUGCUGCUAAUGUUAUUUCUCUGCACUUAAACUAUAGCCUGGAGAAUGAAAUGGGGGGAUGCCAGUUUCGUAAAUGGGAGACGGGGAACACUGGCAAAAGGAGUCUUUUCUGUCCCUGUUCAGGAAGCUUCAAGGGAUAAUUUAGACUGUGAUUAUCAUCAUCAUUGCAAGAAUGCUUCCCUGUUCAUUCUGGCAUCAAAUAAAACACCGCUUGGAAAUGGCUGUCCUGAUUUAUGGUUGCUGCACUGUAGCAACUGUAGCAGUUACCUUGUCCUAAUACUUUCCCUUCCGCCCAAACAAGCUCCAAAUCAUUUGUAGGGGUGUAGGGGGAGUGAGAUGCUGCUGAAAUUUCCACAGACCUUCAUGACUGAUGUCCAUGGCCACUUUAUCCUGAAGCUGGGAAUGACAGAAUUCCGAGAGGUUCUAGGCAGAUCCAGGAGCCCUCUUAUAUCCCACGUAGGAAGGGUGUGCCAGGCUUCUUUCUUGAGAACCUGAGAAUACAGUUCCUCUCAGUCUUGCCAGUGGUCAGUUCCUGGCUGCUUUUUAAAACUUACAGCGGUUCUGUCUGCCAUGGUGUUACCUUCCACAUUUCAGCCUGCUUUUGGUCAUAUGCCUAAAAGCCCCGUCUUUCUCUGACACAGGAUUACCUUGCAUUGUCCUCCAGCUUCUUUCAGGGAGCAAAAACCUCAUAUUGGUAAAUAGAUUGCAGUUUCUGAUUUUGCCAUACUCUGAACAUUGUCUGUACAAAAUGAUGUAAGUAGGGAAGGAAUGUUCAUAAUGGGUUCCAUUUUCAGCUCAUUUGCACAGUCAUAAAACAAAAACAAAAAAAAUUGAAAAUGGAGAGAGAGAGAAAUGAAGAGCAUGGUGGGCCUUCAAGUCAGCCAUGGUUAAUCAAAACUGCUUUCAGCUCUCAUGAAUUUGUGUCACUGUCUUCAGGCAAAAAAAUAAAAAAUAUACCAACUCCAAAUUCAGAUCAAUAGCUUUGUGACAAACAAUGUGCUGUAAGAAAUUCAAUACAGUUGAAUAAAAUCUCUAUAUUAGUG